CCUCGCCCUGGGGGCACCCUGUGCUGCCUGUGCCUGUGCUGCUUUUUUCCGCUCCUGCCUUCUCUCUGUCUCACACUCUCAUUCACUCAGUGGUAUUAUUCUGAGUCAGCCGGUGUCGAGCUGUGGUGUGUUAUUUGUUAUUGAGCCAGCUGUAUGGGGCAGUAGUAGCUGUCAGUAACCAGUCCUCUCUCCAUGGCCUGUCGGUCUCCCGGCUCUGUCUCCUACAGUGUUGUUAUCAUCCCGCUCAAGACCAGCCUCUACAGCCUGGACGCACUUCGUUUCUACCUAUGGAUUAAGCGUAUGAAAGAUCUUGAAAAGGAGAAAGAUGCUUUAUGGUCUGGACUAGAGAUUCUGGAGAAGGCUCGGGUCUGGUACCUCCAGCGGCUGGAGGAAAACAGAAUCCAACAGGACAACACUGAAAAGCAAAGGGGCAGCUGCUUCAAGGGAGGUGUGGCAGAGGCAUGGUCUUGUCUUCUGAGGUCUCGUAUCCAGCGGGUAAAUGGCUCAUUGGGGAGUGUGAUGAAAGAGCCCAAUGUGACCAGUAGCAGUAACCUCUCCCUGCCUGAUGCUGUAGCAGACAGCGACCUCCGAUGGCGAAACACAGAACUGACUCAGGAAGUGAGUGAUAUGAACCAUCAGAUUUCCACACUAGAAUUGGAAAAAGAUGCUCUGCUGGAACAGCUGGAUGAACUGCAGGCUCUUUGACUUACAAAUGCAUGUAAAUACAUGCAUAAAUUUACAGGCACAUGUACACUGUACUUAAAAUUUCACAAAGUAUCACAAAGUCCUGAAGCUGUUGUAAAUAUAUAUUUAAAGUAAAAGAUUAUUCUAAAU